CUGCCUUGGACAUGUACCUGCAUCAGAGCUGCAGAUUUCUUCAUUUGUAAGUACAAUUUAACAACUUACAAUACAGAGAACUUUACAUUUGUCACUCAUUGACUGCCCUAUAAGACAAAAGUCAGGUCAGGACUGGUGCCUAUCCUCAAGAUCAACCUGUCCAAUCCACCUGGUGCUCUAGGACUGUGAUUCUGCAUCUCUGACCUAUCAUUGGACAGUGGGUGUCUUGGAGUUAAUCCCAGACUCAAUAGACACAUGACAGCUAAUGCUGGACCAGAUCUCUAAUAAAAGCAGGAUGCUAGCUGUGCAGGACCCACAAUCACAGAAGAGCUGAAGAAAGUGUUGGCGAAAGAGACUUGAGACUUACAGAAGUAAAUACAUUCCAACUUUGUCUGCUUUAAAAGAGUUUAUCUGUGAUGGCUUCAAGAACCAAAAAAGAAGGCAUAUGUUUUUAUAUGCUUGCCCUGCUAGGUGCUUGGGCAGCCUCUACCCAGACUGGAGGUAGGAAGACUGAAUGCCCAUCCUGCGGGGUACAAGACAAAGAUGCAAUGAUGGAGAUGGCCAAGCAACAGAUACUACAGAAAUUACAUCUAAGGGAAAGACCAAAUAUCACACAUCCAAUUCCCAGAGCAGCAGUGGUCAAUGCUCUGCGCAGAUUGCAUUUAACAAAGCCUAGAAUGGAAGGUCUUUUUGGGUCUCCAAGCUGGGACAGCAAUAGUGAGAGUUAUGAGACAGAACAACAAAGCUAUGAAAUCAUCAGCUUUGCUGAAUCAGAAAACAGUAACAAGUCCAGCACAACUCUGACCUUCCAGUUUACCAGAGAUAAUGAACAAAAUGUGCAUGUCCUGCAAGCCCAUCUCUGGGUUUACUUCAAGUCCAACAGAACAAACCAGGCCAAUCAAACUAUUCGAUUAUAUAUGGUGCAGAAAUCUGAAAGUACACGUAUUUUAUUACAUGAGAAACAUAUAGAGCCAAGAUGGACAGGUUGGCAAACAUUUCCAUUUAAACAAAUGCUGCAGACCUUCUUUGAUGAAGGAAAUAAAAGUUUAAAACUAGAACUUGAUUGUCAGGGAUGCGAGGACAUGCCUGCCAUUGUCAAUACUAAUGAUUCCUAUCAGCCAUUUCUCGUAGCACAAGCAAAAGUACGAGAUAAAAGCCACCAUGCUUCAAAAAGAAGUCUCAAAUGUGACCAGAAUUCUAACCUUUGCUGCAGGAAAGACUAUUAUGUAGAAUUUAAGGACCUUGGGUGGAAUGAUUGGAUUAUAAAACCUGAGGGUUACCAAAUAAAUUAUUGCAUGGGUCUUUGUCCAAUGCAUGUGGCAGGGGCACCUGGCAUGGCCGCCUCAUUCCAUACCACAGUCUUCAAUCUUAUUAAAGCCAACAACAUCCAGACAGCAGUGAGUUCCUGCUGUGUUCCGACAAAAAGACGACCGCUGUCCAUGCUUUAUUUUGAUAGAAAUAACAACAUUGUUAAGACUGACAUUCCUGAUAUGAUCGUAGAAGCAUGUGGAUGCAGCUAGAGGUACGUCCACGCUGAAAUAAAACAGAGAGAAGCUGGCUUGUCUCUUAGUCAUUCUGUGCUUGCAGAAAAAAAGACAGCAGAAGUGUAAUAGCUUCCGGAGCACACAUGGAAUCUUGAAUACUAGCAUGUGGCUUCAUAAUACUGGACAACUGGAUAAUUUUACAACUCAAUUUGUAAUACACAACACAAAUGCAUUAUAUCUAUGACUUUACAAAUCCAUCACACUACGACUCAUGUAUAAAAACCUCAGCAAAAAAAGUGCCCAUGAUUGUUAAUAGCAAGAAUUCGUCUGAGGUUGGCUUUCAUUUUGUAAACCGGAUUGGAAAUGUGAUUGCAGCACUUUUUCUCUGAGAAGUUUUGAUACUUGAGGCUCCUACUGUGUAUAAUACACCACAAUUCCCUGCCUUUCAUAUAAUGGUAAAAGUGCCAAAAUGAAAAACUGGAAAGAGGAAACAGAGUCUUCAUGGACAUUUUAUACAAUUCCUCCAUUCUGAAUGACGUAAUGAUGUACGGUAUGUGUCACGUUAUGAAAACUGAAUGUCAUUAUUAAGUGCUCACCUGUCUUUUUUCAUGAAUUGCCUAGAUUCUAUAGCACAACUGACUUGUAUUGUAUUUUAUAUUUUAUUUGUAUAUUAUUAUUAUUAUUUUUAUUACUUUACACGGUUUAAUAAACAAACAUGA